AUGUUUAAUGCUCUCGCCAUCGUCACGAAAAAGUCAAAAAUCUGGAGAAUGGCCAAUAUGGCCAGAAGCAUGUUGUUGUCGAGGGUUUGGAUUGCAUACCGACCAUCUAUACCAUCUGUCAAUAGGGCUGCCACCACUAUAAGACUCGCACACGACUCACACGACUCGCAUCAUCCCGUCAGCACAGGAACAGAAUCGAAACUCCAUCCAGAAGAACUCCUCAAAGUAGCUCGCAACUGGCCGCACGAAGCCCACUAUCCAGGAAAUUUCAUCGCCAGGUCUGGUCCCGAACCCGGCUGGAACGAGCCCCGCACACAUCUAGGACAUUGUGUAGACAACCCAACAGGUGGUGACACCCCAAAGGAAGACUUCUCCUCCUCAUUCUGGACUACAUUCCUAGGCCUCGGUGUCGUCAUGGUCGCGGUAUGGAGACUCAAUGACUAUGCUACCGCUGGUAAAGAAGAACAUCCAAUCCAUACGGCUCUCAAAGGCUACAUCCCCAGUAUGCAGGAUAUCGAGGCAUCAACUAGAGACUGGGUUACCUUUAGGCAACGGGAAGCUGAUGAUCGAUUGUUGAGACAGGAAUGGCAGCCUGCCAAGGUCUGGACUCCACGAUUUGAUGGCAUGUUUGAACGGGCUUCAGACUGGUUGAUUACGCCGGGAUCACAAAUAGAUACUAGUGAUGUCAAAUUCAAACAUACGUGGGAAAAGGAUGAUGAGCUCUUUGGAGCUCCAUAUCCAAAGUCGGCGUAA